UUUGCUUUAAAAGCAUUCACGAAAUGCGGUUGCUUGGCAUUGCGUUUGCCUGCGCUUUUAUAAACAUUGCCACCGCUCAGUGCAAACUAUCGAUGCCCGAUGACAUCAAAGCGUUAAAUGCUCCGGUUAUACUUGUAACGAGUGCUCCUAGUAAAGGCUAUAAACUAUUUCAGCCGAUUGCCAGGCACACACAAUUUCCCGAUGAAAGUAAAAUUAAAUUAAUCUGCACGAAUGAAGAUAAUUUUUUAAAACUGAGCAGUGGAAAUCAAUUAACAUUGACCUGCACUGAUGGUGAAUUUUUGGAUGCAACGGGAGCUAAACGCGAAAUUCGGGCGAUAUCUUGCGAAAAAUUACCCACUUACGUGAUCAAGAAAACAGCCGAACGAUGUGCUAUUAACUUUUUCAUUUAUAGCGUUGGCUAUGAGAUAGAUUCACGAUUCUAUGGCCCGAUCUAUAAGAUAUGUUACGGUGAUAAUAACCCAGCCGGCUUUUAUACGCAUCACAUAAUCAAUGGUCAGUCAUUAAAAUAUAAAUUAUCCCGUGGCGCGAAAUUUUAUACAUCUUUAAUAACUACAAAAUUCAUAGCUGAAGAUUUGGACGAUCUUUACUAUCUUCAAAGUCAGUUGAAAGUGUUUAAAUAUCUUAAUCACAAUGGCAGAUCGAUUGUGAAUGAUUUUAAUUAUUUCGUCGAGGGUCGAUUGACACCCGAUGCUGAUAUGAUUACAUUUUAUGAAAAAUUAUGCACUUACGAUUAUGCAAAUGUUAUACCACAAUUCCGAACGGUUCGUGAUGGCAAUGUGCUGCUUGUUGAGAAAAGGUUACGUGACUUAGCAAUGAAACAAAAUCUUAAGCUUGAUGUUUAUAGCGGAUAUUUUCAAACGUUGAAAAUGAAUCUUGAAGGCCAAGACAAAUACAUUUACUUGGAUAACCAAGCUGAGCUUCCUGAGCAUCCGGUACCCCAAUACAUUUACAAAUUUGCCUUUGACAAAUUCAAUAGCUCUGGCAUAGUGUUCAUUAUACUAAAUGAUCCCUACAGCGCAAGAUCGGGCCAAGUAAUGAAAGAAUUGUGCAAGAAUGUAUGCGAAGAAGCCAAUGUCAAAACACGACGAUUCAGACUGCGAAAAAAUGGAUAUACCACCUGUUGCCGUUAUUCGGAGUUUAAAAGAAAAAUUCGAAUCCUACCUGAAACUAUCGAAGUCAAACACAUACUCAAAUGGUACUAAAAUUAUUAUAACAUAUUUUGUGAGGCAAAAUUUGAUGAAGAUAAAUAGACCAACAGCAUGGCAUGUUCAUAUAAUAAUUUCUUUUACCGUGUUACGGCAAUCCAUAUAUCAAGCGUAGUACGUUUACUUAACUUGCCCUGAACUUUACUAAAUAUCAGCUCAGAAUUUUUAACCCGGCUACUUUAAUGUGUAUGUUUCUGCUUUGAUGAUCUAUACUAUUUACGUUU